GGUCGUAAAGGUGCAAGCGGGGAACCGGGCCUACCUGGUCCUACUGGAAUCCGUGGCGGGUACGGUGAGAGGGGCCCUGGUGGAGCUUCCGGUCCCAAAGGUAACCAAGGCAUUGCAGGAGCCGACGGCCUGCCGGGCAACAAAGGAGAACUGGGACCUUUCGGCCCCCCUGGGCAAAAGGGAGAGGCUGGGAAAAGGGGCGAGCUGGGUCCCAAAGGAGUUCAAGGCCCCAACGGGACCUCUGGCGUGCCGGGAAUUCCGGGACAUCCAGGCAAGCUGGGUUUGCAAGGAGAACAAGGGGUGCCUGGGAUCACCGGGAAACCGGGUCCUCCGGGGAAAGAAGCCAGUGAGCAGCACAUAAGAGAACUCUGUGGUGGGAUGAUCAGUGAGCAAAUUGCCCAGUUAGCUGCUAAUCUGAGAAAACCCUUGGCACCUGGACUCACCGGUCGGCCUGGGCCUGUCGGUCCCCCGGGUCCUUCCGGGAAAACAGGAAGUGUUGGGCAUCCGGGGGCUCGUGGUCCACCUGGCUACAGAGGGCCACCAGGUGACUUGGGAGAUCCUGGUCCUCGAGGUGAUCUUGGUGAGAGAGGAGACAAAGGUGCCAUCGGUAGGGGUAUCGAUGGACCGGACGGGGAUCAAGGACCUCAAGGACCCCCUGGUGUGCCCGGAACGAGUAAAGAUGGUCGGGAUGGUGCUCCUGGCGAACCCGGAUUGCCAGGUGAUCCCGGAAGACCAGGUGCAAUUGGGGUUCAGGGAACUCACGGAAUCUGUGAUACAUCCGCCUGCAUGGGAGCUGCUCUGGCUGGUGGAGGGAAGUCCAAAAAGUCAUAA